AUACUGUCCGAUUGUUGGAUAUCUUGUGGUGCAAGAAAAAAAAAGGACUAUAUAAAUAGCUCAGUCGAUGCCUUCUCCGGCCGGCCGUUUCCUCCUCGUCUCUCCUCUUCUACGGCGGAAGGAGGACGCCUUUGAAGGGUAAGGAAGGCCCUUACCUCGUUUCUUCUAAGCACGCAUCGGAUGUUGGUGCGUUCUCUCUCCUUGCUUUUCGUUUGUUGGCCUUCGAAUAAAUGGUGACGCACAAAUUUGUUACAUCACCAGCACCAACAGUACAAUGGCCAGCUUUUCUUCAGUCUCAAAGAUUAUUAGAGAAAAGAAGGCUUCAACUUAGCCAGAAUGGUCAUGAACAUUCUGUUGCAUUUGCCAGAAAAAUUUCGACACCUGCAAGGCUACGUGUCGUCAAUUCGCACGCCACCUGUGCAGCAACUCAGACCGAAAAGAAAACUGCAAGAAGUCGAUCAUCGACGAUCUCAACCACUCCCACAAAUGAUACCCAGAAACCUAGGAAGCUUGACGAUGGGGGCCAGGGGUUUCCUCCAUGGUUUGGUGGUGGCGGAGGCGGUGGGGGAGGAGGCGGUGGGAGUUCAUCAGGGGGAUUCUUUUUGUUUUCUUUGUUAUUAUUUUUUGAUUACUUGAAGGAGCUAGAGGGCGAUGACCCUUUCGAUGAUAGAGGAAGGAUGUACUAAUUAAUAUUUCAGAUCCAUUUCCAGUCGGAUCUUUUGAAUAAUUAAUAAGUAUUCUAAUUCCUUGCUUGA